AUGGUGUUUAGAAAAAUAAUUUCAAUAGCCUUGAUUGUAAGUGCCUAUAUCAUAGCGGAUGAGUUCAGCAAGUAUGUUUAAACAGAUAUUUUACCUUAAUAUCCUCUCUUUUAGAAUUUGUCUAAGGAAUACGUUUGGAUUAUUGACAUAGCUUGCGUAAAUGCAUUCAUUUAUAUUUCUUCGAUACUCAUGAACAAUAUCAGUUUUAUUGAUAUUUAUUGGACUCUAUUUGUGCUAUGGAGAUUUAAUAGAGUUGCUUUUUAUGUAUUUAAAACUAAGUAUGUAUUUGGCAUGUUAGUUGUUGUUUUGGUUAACAUUUGGGCUGUUAGAUUGGCUUCUUUAUGGUCAACUUAGUUCAAAGGAUUUCCACACAUCGAUUUUAGAUAUAAAGAUUUUGAGAACCAAGUAAAGAAGAAAAUAAUUUGGUGGCCAGUAGCUUUAAUAGUGUUUUUUGGAAUUCCAGCUAUUUUCUGUUUUUUAGGAAUGAUUCCAUUGUUGUACAUGUUUGAUGAUAAAACUAUUAUUAGAACCGAACCUAGUCUCAUUUAAUUGCUUGGUCUUUUAGUGAUUUUUUUAGCUAUUUUUAUAGAAUACUUAAGUGAUUGGUAAUUGCAUUGUUUCUUGAAAAGAUAACCCAAAAAUUCUACAGCUGUAAUCGACGAAGGUCUUUGGAGAUAUUCAAGACACCCAAACUACUUUGGAGAAAUAUCUUUUUGGUGGGGCAUUUAUUUAAUUGGUUAUGAGUAUAUCUUAAAACAUUAAGCCAAACUUUUAAUACCUUAUUACCCAAUCGGAGCCAUCCUCAUAACUUUAAUGUUCACCUUUGGAAGUGCAAAACUGAUGGACGAUCACAUGUCUUAAUCUAAGUUAAAAGGAGAAAACUUCUUAAAAUAUAAAUAAAAAGUUAUAUCCAAUCAUUAAAUACAAAAUAGUUGA